AUGCUCAUCAUCCAUUCUUUCGAUAAUCGUGAACUCCUUGAACAUGUUUCUACUAAGUAUCAUCUUGUUGACGGGGACGGUGUUUCUCUUCCUAGUCUAGAUGUCGUGAUCGAUCGUCCCUCACUAGAGGGUAAGAUUGCAGCACGCGAUCGUGGCUUUGAUGACUUUGACCUUCCUCUUAUUGAUGAUAGUUUUACUUAUAGUGGUAGUAAUGGUAGUAACACACAAGAGGAUGAGAAGAGAGAUUUUGAAUCCUCAGUUAGGGUCCAUGACCGCUACGAUGAUACGACUAGUAAUUGUACUCCACUUGUUUUGACUGGCCAUGUGGUUGUUUCCAAUGAUGAUAAUGGUGAUGGGGGUGGUGAGCAACCAUUAGUUUUUCAUAAGAGAGGGAGAGGUUCCAUUGCCUCGGCCGAUUUAGCAGCUAUUCUUUCUAGCGGUGAAAGGGGUAGUGUGAUAGAGUUCUCAAGAGUAUAUGAAGCUUGUGGAUGGUUUGUUAAGUUAGAGAAGGUCUUUCAUGGUGUUGAUAUGGUUUCUCAAGUCAAGAUGGACAAGGUAAGGGGCGAAUUGUCCAUACUGCAAAAUGACAAGGUUGUUUUGGAGAAUAAGUUGGUUGGUUAUCACGAUGAAGUUUUGAUGCAAAAGGAUAUGGUGGCAUCCCUUGAAUUGGAAAAACUUGGUUUGGUGGACAAAGUAGCAAUGUUCGAGCAUGGUGUUCAAAAGUUAAAGGUUGAUUUGAAUGACUCUUCUCUCUGA